AUGGCCCUCAACUGGGAUGCCUUUCUCAUUGACGAGGCCUUCAAUAUACCGAACGAUCAAUGGCCGGACAUCACAACACCACCAACAGACUUCACAUCUGAGAUGCCAAAAUCAAGUUCUACGCGCACUUCAGGCUCCCAAGAACCUGGAGUAGACUUCGACUCUCUCCUCAACGGCACAUCAGCUGACCCUUACUUCAACGACUCCCUCUUUGCGCCCAACGACUACUUUUUAAGCGAUCUCGAGGUGCUGCAGCCUUUUGGCGAAUCGACCACUGGGGGCGAGUCGACAUCCGAGUCAUCACCAGAGCCCUCUGUUGGCACCGCUUUGACUGGCAACAGUCCUUUGACGUCAGAGAACUCUGCAUCCUUCAACCGUGUCGCCGAGAUGCCGCUCAUGCAGAAGCCCUCCAUCUCAAGAGCAAACACCUUUCCCAAUCCACAGUACGAGUCUUUGUUUCCCAACAACCUUGAGUCUGGCUUCGUUGAGGACCUCACCUUCCCCAAUGGACCAAACAGUUCUUCCAACUCCACAAAGACCGCUACUGAGAACAAAGCUUCGACGGGUUCAACGACUAAACGUCCACACAAGGCCAAGGCCGACAUUCUAUCGGCAUGCUGGACAUCGCCGCUGUGCCCCAACCACGAUCAGGAUGGGCCGCCACCGAAUCCAUCAAGCUGCGGAGGAGGCUGCGCCCCUUUCCUGUUCGCUAACGACGAUAAUCUACCCACCUCUACCAUCAGCAACCUACUCAACGAAGCUCAAGAAGCCAUGCCUGAAGAUGGUGUUGUCGAAAUAAAGUCACACUCACACUCGAGAAAGAGAUCAGAGAGCGACGUCUCAGUGGAUGAGUCGAAUGGCCGCCAUUUUGCUUCUGGAAACAGCAUCGACACUGAGCAAAAUUCGAAGGUAAAGAGCGAAUCCGAGGACUCACCGCAAGCUCGAGCAGAAGAGGAGAAGGCCAAGCCUCGCCGCCGGCUACCCCACAACCAGGUCGAGAGAAAGUACCGGGAGUCGCUAAACACACAACUCGAAUCCCUCCGCCGGGUCGUACCCUCUCUCCAGCAAAACCAGCGCGGCUGUGACGGCGCCGACAUCGAAGACCUCCCCGCUCCCUCGAAGCCCAGCAAAGCUGUCAUCCUUGCCUCGGCAACCGCUCACAUCAAGAACAUCGAGAAGGACAAGAAGGCGCUCCAGGAUGAGAAUCAGCUUCUGAAGACACGCAUCAAGGCCCUUCAGGCCCUCGUCAAAUGCGAAGACUGCUCUCUGAUGCAGUAUGUCAUGGACUUGAAGAUCAAUCAGCAAAAGGGAUAG